AUGCCAUUAAGGUCAUUAUUUCAUACUAAUCAGAGUAGCCACGACAAAGACGCGUUGACAAGGGGAGGUUAUAACGCAUAUCUGGAAUCACUUUCUCGUUGUGACAGUGGAAAGGCAGAAGAACAAAAAGGAAAAGUUAUAUCAAAGUUAUUAGAGAAAAAAGAUGUCCGAGCUUUGAGGUACAUAGGUUUAGGGCCUCUGGGGUUUGUAAACAACUCAUUAAGAAAAGAUUGUUGGUAUGAAUUAUUGGCGUCCCAGUUGCUUAUUGAUGAUGCAACAGAGUACAUUACACCAGUGGAAAAACAUAAAGAUGAAGGUCAGGUGAUAUUGGAUGCAGAAAGGUCUUUUGGUGGAAUUGUCGACAAAAACUUGAAACUGCAAUUGAGAAAACUACUGGUGGAGUUAAUUACUCGGGUAUUGAGAAAGUACCCAACGUUGAACUAUUACCAAGGUUAUCAUGAUAUUGUGUCUGUUUUCAUCAUGUGUUUUAGUUGGAAUGUCACAAAAGAGAACGGACUGGAACUAGAAAAUCUCUCAUUGCAAGAAGAAAUUGAUAUGGAAAGGCUGUUUUAUUGCAUCGAAGCAUUUACCCUAUUAUAUCUGAGGGAUUUCAUGAUGAACUCACUAGAUUUUUCAUUUGAGCAAUUGAGAGUAAUCUCUUCAUUGAUAAAGGAAUCAAACAUGAAAUUCUAUAAUCUAUUCAAAUUUGACGAAAAUGAGCCCCUUUUCGCUAUUGGGUCAAUAUUGACAAUCUUUGCACAUAAUUUGAAACCUAUAGAUAGCGGUGACAACAAUCUUCAUAAAAUUCUUUUCCAGAUAUUUGACAUGACAAUAUCGAUGCAAUCUAUGCGUUUACCUUUGAUCAUAUACAAGAACCUGCUAUUGCAAAAUGCGUCUGAAAUUUCGAAGCAAAUAGAAGCUAAUUCUGAUUUCUUCGAGAACGAUUUUGACCUGCGCCAUGGUGCUAUACAAACAGUUUUACAGAAAAAACUGUAUGAUGAGGCGCUUUGGGAAGAAGUCUUGCAAAUAACUAGAAAAGAUGCGACUACUGCCAGCAAGAAGGCUUUGAAACGGGUGAGUCUUAAUAAAUAUAGUGCAUUACUCAAUACAGCAUGUGGAAAGCCAGGAUGCUUCGAUAUGAGCACCAUUAUCUUCUAUUUGAGCGAACAAACAAAGAUGAACGAGCAUUACAAGGAAGAAAAGUAUCAUGGUGUCGCCGCCAGAUCCAAGACAAGGGCGUUGGUCCAAAGACUUGGCCAUUUUUUACCCUCCAAAUAUAACAGGUGGAGCAAAAUUUCUUUACUUAUCGGGAUUGUAGCUAUCCUGUACCAAUUACGGACUACAAGGUCGUUGAGUUUAGUACUCAAUCUACGUUACAUGAUCUCCACAAAGUUGAAAGACUUAUCACAUAUAAAUAUAAAUUUGCACCACGUUAGUCACAUCUGGGUGGAUCCGAUUAGGGACAUUUUGAAACUGGGGCAUCCAACUAGAUAG